AUGGUUUCAAGAAAUUACAGGCCAAGUAUGGAAAAGUCUAGUAUUGAUUUGAAUCAUGAAACAUCAUCGACAUCUGUCUCUGAAACCCAACCUGAACAUGGUGUUGAAGGGUCGGAAAAUGUAGUUCUACACAAUGAAGAUGAAUCAAGGCAUAAAGGAUCCAAUAAUGAUUUCAACAUGUUAAAUCAAUCCCCAUUAUUCACUGAUAUCUUACAAGGGCAAGCUCUGAGAGUUGAGUUUACGAUAAAUGGCACACAAUACAACAAUGGGUACUAUCUAGCAUAUGGUAUCUAUCCAGAGUGGGGUACAUUUGUUAAAACUAUCCCACUGCCUCAAGGAGAGAAAAGAAAAUUAUUUGCCCGAUGCCAAGAAGCGGUACGCAAAGAUAUUGAGCGAGCAUUCAAAGUACUUCAAUCUCAUUUUGCUAUUGUACGAGGACCAACACGUUUUUGGCAAAUAAAUGUUCUCAAAGAUAUUAUGUAUGCAUGCAUCAUAUUGCACAACAUUAUUGUCGAGGAUAAAAGAGAUGCAUAUGAGAGUUUGUUUGAUUUUAAUUAUGAUGACGGCCCCGCUGACACUCUAAUGGUUAAAGUAUUGCAUGGACCUAUUUCUGACUUCUCGACAAUGCUUCAAAGAAAUGCUGAAAUUCGUGAUAGAAACAUUCAUCACUAUCUUCACGCGGACUUGGUUGAGCACAUAUGGUAA